AUGGCGCAGAUGAUGGUACUGAGCUGGUCUGGAACACGGCUUCAGCAUGUCAUUAACGAUGAAAAUUCCAGCUUCUUUCACCGGGAGCGCGACAGAGCUCUGACCGUGCUCCGGUCGCACGGAGUUGCCCACGGCGACAGUGAGUGGCGCAAUAUGCUGUGGGAUGACCUGGGUGGUCGUUUGUUUGUCAUUGACUUGGAGGACAUGAAAUGGUUGAAGCGCCCUCGGGCUCUUGAACCAACCUCUGGCAACAUGGGGCGUGGUCAUCGCGUCGGGGCGGGGAAAAGCAGAAAAAAGCUCCUAUCCAACUCAACUGCUGUCUGCUCAUGA